GCUUUCUCCUCACUUGGACUUCGUGGGGGGCUGCGGCCGCAAGGACUUCGGAAUGGAUGAGACGUCGAGCCGGCAGCGGUGGGAGAUGGAGGCGGAGCUGGGCGAGAUGGACCUCGACCCGGAGGACCUACAGCCCUCCGUGCCCCUCAAGAGGGUCCCCGCAGGCGAUCUCUUCGAAGCGGCCCGUGCCGGAGACCUCGACCGCCUCCGCUACCUCCUUGACUCCGGCGUCAACGUCAACGCCCGCGACCCCUGGGAUUCCGUCGCGCUAUACUAUGCCUGCCUCGCCGGCCACGUCGAUGCCGCUCGCAUGCUCCUCGACGCCGGCGCCAUCUGCUCAGAGCGCACCUUCGACGGCGACCGCUGCCACUACGCGGCCCUCAAUCUCCGCGUUCGCCGUCUCCUCAAGGCCUUCGAGGCGCGCCCGCCCCCGCUCGCUCCCUUGCCCGCCGCCCUCCGUGACACGUUUCUCUCUUGCGCCGCCAACCGCCGCGCCUACAUCGAACAGUGGGAAGCUGGUGCUGGCUCGGCCGCGUGCGCCGCAGGUUACUUACCACUGAGUGAUGGAUCCACUUCUAGUCCCUUUCCCCCAGAUAUUACAUUCUAUGUUGACGGAAAACCAAUUGAAGCUCAUCGGGUUGUCUUAAGUGCUCGGUCACCAUUCUUCAAAAAGAAAUUUGAGACAGAUUGGAAGGACAGAAAGGAAGUGAGAUUCUCUAGCCAAAAAUUGUCUUAUCAUGCUUUGUACAGUCUUAUUCACUUCUUCUACUCGGAUAGACUCGAGGUUGCAGUUGAUGACAUGGAGGAUCUUGCUCGCACAUGCAGAGCUUGCAAGUGUGAUGAAUUGCAAAAUAUCUUACAGAAAGAAUUGAUUCAUCAAAGAUAUGCAGAGUAUAAAUCAUUAAAGGAUGUUGAUAAUUCUCAAAAAAGGUUCAUCUUGCAAGGUCUCUCCCUGCCGGAGCAGGAUCGGCUUCCUUUUGCUCUACACCGCAUUCUGCAGGUUUCUCUUGCCAACUCUUGUGGGCGAAACAACGAUAGUGUUGACAGACUUGAGAUACAGAUGAGCCAGCCGAGCAAUGACCUAGCUGACAUUUGUAUAAAAGUUGGUAGAAGGAUCUACAGGUGUCACCAGGUAAUCCUGGCCUCCAGAUCAGAAUAUUUCAGGGCAAGGUUGUCUCGGAUGACAGAUUUCCUUGAUGGGAAUAAUGAGCUGUCAAGUUUCACCCUUCCAUUUCUUGAAGAGCAUGACUUAAGUACAGAGGCCUUUGAGAAGAUGAUUGAGUAUAUGUACACAGAUGGCUUGAAAGAUAUGGAACCUGAUCAGGCUGAAGAAAUAUUUGAUGCUGCUUCAAGAUACUUGUUAUUCCCUCUUAAACGUGCUGUUGCAGAUGUGCUGUUACCACACCUAGAGCUGGUCUCACCUGCUGAACUUUGUCACUGGCUGAUAUUAUCAGACAUGUAUGGUGUUUUGAAGAUAAGAGAAUAUUGCCUAGAUGUCAUUGCUUGUAAUUUUGAGACUUUUGCUGACACUCGUGAGUUUCGGGCCAUGCUUUUGACUUUCCCACCACCAUCUGGAGACUCCUCUUUGAGGACUACUCGCCCCAGCGCUCCAGGUUCUACAGGUAACUCUGAUCAGGGCAACCUUCUCGAUGAUUUGCGAGAGAAAUGGUUGGAGGCCGAAGCAGCAGAGCUUGACAAGAGAGACGAAAGUGCAGCUUUAUUUGACAAGCGACUAGAAGUGCUUAUGCUCGUAGCAGAACGAGAGGAUAACAAAGUUCACAGUGAUCCAAUAGAAAGGAAGCAUUUUGAUCAGGCAUCCCCCAGGGUGUAACUUGUGUUGUAUCAUCAGAAUCCCAAAUGAGUGGAUUUUUUUCUUCUCAUUUUGUUUGUUGUCAAAGUGUAAGAUAAACCAUGGUUCUAGAAUUAUGUUCUCUUAUUUUCUUUUAUUUGAGGGCAUAAUAAGAUUAAGAAAAAGAAGGAAAUGAGAAAUGGGAUUGUUUGCACUUCUCGUUU